AUGGAUAGAUACAACGAAAACCCCUCGCAGACCAGUGUUGCUGCCUCUGCAAUCUCGCAGCACGAGCUCAUCUUCCACCGCGAGAAGGAGCCUCCACCACCGCCAGAUGGUGGUCUCCGAGCGUGGAUGGUGGUCCUCGCAACCCAUCUCACUGUCAUGAACUCCUGGGGAAUCAUUGCCUCCUUCGGCGUCUUCCAAACCUACUAUGGCACCAUCCUCGACGAGACGCGCUCCAGCAUCAGCUGGAUCGGGUCGAUGCAGGUGUUCCUCCUCUUCUUUGUCGGCGUGUUUGGCGGGCGUGCCACCGACGCCGGCUACUUCCGCCUGGUGUACACGCUCGGCGCGGCGCUGCAGGUGCUCAGCAUGUUCAUGACGUCGCUGUGCAGCGAGUACUGGCAGUUCUUCCUCGCCCAGGGCGUGUGCAGCGGGCUGGCCAACGGGAUGAUGUUCUGCGCGGGGCUGUCGGUCAUGAGCACGUAUUUCAGGCAGUGGAGGGGUGUGGCCGUCGGGUUCGCGACGACGGGGAGCGUCACGGGCGGUGUUAUAUACCCGCUCAUGGCACAGCAUCUCAUCCCGAGUAUUGGAUUCCCGUGGACCAUGAGGUGUAUGGGGUUUGUGUGUCUGGCGACGCUGUUGAUGGCCUCGGCGCUGUACAAGACGAGGAUCCCACCGAGGAUCACGGGCCCGCUGAUUGAGUGGGGUGCGUUCAGGGAGCUGUCGUAUAACCUCUUUCUGAUUGCGAGUUUCCUCAUGUUCUGCGGCAUCUACUUUGCCUUCUACUACGCGGGCUCCUACGCGCUCUCCAUCGGGCUCGACAGCACCACCUCCUUCAACUCCCUCAUCAUCAUGAACGCCGUGGGCCUGAUUGGGCGUCUCCUGCCCACCUUCCUCGCCGACCGCUACUUUGGCGUCCUCAACAUCUUUGCGCCCGUCACCAUCUGCACGGGCAUCAUCAUCGUGACGUGGAUGACGGUCGAGACGUACAAGGGCAUGCUCGUGUUUGUCCUCGUCUACGGCGUCUUUGCGGCCGGCGUGCAGGCGCUGUUCCCCGCGGCCGUGGCCGCGCUGACGGAUGAUCCAGCGAAGGCGGGGACGAGGAUCGGAAUGAGCUUCACGGUUGUGAGCUUUGGGUGUGUGGUGGGGCCGCCGAUCUGUGGUGCGCUGAUUGAAGCGGUGGACGGGGACUAUGUGUGGGCGCAGACGUUCUGUGGUGUGGUGCUGAUUGCGGGAGGGGUGUUGUUGGGGGCGGCGAGGGUGGCGAAGACAGGGUUCGUGCUGCGGGCGAAGAAUUAA